CCUCCUGACACAUCUGAGGAUGGCCACACCACCCCCCGCCAGCACCCGCCGCCUCCUGCCCCUCUCCCUGGGGCUCUUCCAGGGCGCCCUGCUGCUCUUCUUCGCCCUCUUUGUCACCUACGACGAGCCCUCGGCCGUGGCCACGGAGGCAGAGGAUGGCACCCAGGCUGCCGAGCAGCUCCCCAGCAUCUUCCCCCUCUUCCAGGACAUCCAGGUGAUGCUGGCGGUGGGGCUGGGGCUCCUGCUGGCCUUCCUGCCCCGCUACGGGCUCAGCGCCCUCACCCACAAUUUCCUCCUGCUCAACUUCUCCACGCAGUGGGCGCUGCUGCUGCAGGGCUUGCGCCACCGCUACCGCCACGGCGAGGUCCGCCUGGGUCUCCACAACGUCCUCGCCGCCGAGUUCGCCGCCGUCACCGUGCUCAUCUCGGUCGGGGCUGUCCUGGGCAGGACGAGCCCCUGCCAGCUCCUCGCCGUGGCUUUCUGCGAGGUCCCCGUCUACCUCGCGAGCGAGUGGCUCAUCGUCACCCAGCUGGGCGUCCGCGACGUGGGAGGCACCAUCACCAUCCACGUCUUCGCCUGCUAUUUCGGCCUCGGCGUGUCCAAGGCUCUGUUUGGGACGCAGAGGCGGCCGGCGCAUCCCAAGGAGACUCCGACGCCCCGAUCCGACCUCCUGGCCCUGGUGGGGACGCUCACCCUCUGGGUUUUCUGGCCCAGCUUCGUGGCCGCCCCGUGCCAGCCGGGUGAUGCCCAGCACCGGGCCAUCCUGAACACCCUCCUGGCCCUCAGCGCCAGCGCCGUCACCACCGUGGUGGCCUCCAGCCUGCUGGAGAGUGGCGGCAAGCUCAGCCCGGGCCACCUGCAGAACGGCAGCCUGGCCGGCGGGGUGGCCAUCGGCGCGCUGGCCGACAUGCCCAUCACACCGGCGGCCUCCCUGGCCCUGGGCAGCCUCUCCUCGCUCGUCUGCCUGCUCGGCUUCCGAUUCCUCACCCCGCUCCUGGCGAGGAGGCUGGCUCUGCACGACCAGUGCGGCAUCCACAACCUCCACGGCUUGCCGGGCACCCUCGGCGCAGCGGCCAGCGCCGUGGCCGUCCUGCUCUCCCACAUCGAUGGCAGCAGGGUGGCGGAGGACCAGGGGGGCUGCGGUGGUGGCAGGCAGGCGCUGUGGCAAGUGGCAGGGCUGGCUGUGGCCCUUGGAGGCUCGCUGCUCAGCGGGAUGCUCGCUGGCGCCGUGCUGCGCCUGCCCUGCCUGGCCCCGCCGCCCGAGCCGCUUUGCUUCGAGGACUCGCUGAAUUUCAGGAUCCAGGGGCAGGCCGAGAGCCCGGGGAUGGGGGACGCCACCGAGGAAGUGGCCCUGAAGGAGCGGGUGUAGGCACCUGGUUCGGGAUGUUUCCAGCGCCCGGUGCCCUCUCGUGCCAAACGCCCAGCGUCGGGGCAGUGCCGCAGCGUGCGUCCCUUCAACAUCCUCCCACCCCGAGGCUGCAGGUCCCUUCCUCUGCCCCUGGCCAGCCCUAGGAACUGACCAUCCGUCUCCACAGACAUGGAAACAAGCUGCUUGGGGUUUAUCUCCCAGGAUGGAUCUCCCCUGCAUGCUGGCCCGGGAUAGCAAACAUCCCCCUGCUAUGUCCAACUUCUCCACCGCGUCACUCCUGCCCCGCCGGCUGCCCCGGCUGCAAGCCCAGGGCUGGGAACAGCAGUGGGGUGAAGAGGAAAUGACCACAAGCAAGGGAUUUUGAAGGGAUUUUAUCACCUGUGCCGCACUGGACAAUCUAACCUCUGCCAAGUCUCGCUAGGCGAAUUGCAGCAGAUACCUCCCUUUUUCACCACAACGGCAAUGAGGCCUGAGCAAGGAGAGGGGCU